AUGUGCAAUAACAAACAAACUAGGGCGGAUAUCAUGAGUUUGUUGAUUGCCAUUCUUUAUGACGGUUUGCAUAAUCAAAAAAGCUUGGAGAAGGUGUUUAAUCAGAUAUCCGCAAAAGCUGACCACGUCAAAUCAACCAAUACAUCAUUGCCUAUCGAUGCCACUCCAGUAAGUGUUGGUGUGCAAAUUAUUGAAGCGGUUUUCUACUUGCUUGAAAAGAAUACUGCUUUGCGUCUUUUUUUGCUCACUGAGCAUGACAAUGCAUUUAUCUCCAAGAAACAUAUGCAGAAAAAGAAACUCAAAAAUCCAUCGACAUGCGAGGAAAGGUAUCCUAUCAACCUUUUGUUCAAGCUUUUGGAAAACCCUCUUUUGAGGGAAGAAAAUUUCUUCAUCGAUUUGCUUGCAAGUGUACUACACUUCGGAACGAGGCCCCUUCUUGUUUUGAGUGACAAGUCAAAGAGCUAUCCUCCAAGUUUCGACACCAAUUUCAUUCCAGACAGCAACUUGCGUCUAAUUGUUCGCAUCCUAACGUCUAACGAGUGCGUGAACACAACAUUUAGAAGAACAAUUAGCGCUAUGCAACAUCUUUCAUGGUUGAAAAAUGCUCAAAAAGUAUUUUCAGUUGAGCUUCUGGAGAAAGCAACAAACUUGGGUCGUCGUAUCAUCAAAGAUUUACGAGGCUUAACUGAAGGGUUGAAAAGUGGUACCAAUUAUGACGGCGAUGAAAAGUUCAUCAACAGCUUCACGGCUCCAAGUUCUGAUCAAGCAAAACUACUUAGGAUCUUGACAGCUUUAGACUACAUGUUUGAAACAAAAUCAAAAACUGGGGAAAAUGUUGAUAGUUCACGGGAAGGAAUUGACCAACUUACUGGACUUUACCAACAUCUUGAGCUUGGUAACUUGUGGGACGCUCUAAGUGAGUGCUUGAGAGUUCUAGAAGAGAAUACAAACUUGUCUAAGGUUGCCACGGUUUUGUUGCCUUUGAUUGAGGCCCUUAUGGUUGUGUGCAAACACAGCAAGGUGAAGGAAAUACAGAUCAAGGAUGUUAUGAAAUACGAAGCCCGGAAGAUUGAUUUCAAGAAGGAGCCUAUCGAAAGUUUGUUUUUCUCAUUUACUGAUGAGCAUAAAAAGAUUUUAAAUCAAAUGGUUCGUGCUAAUCCUAACUUGAUGAGUGGGCCGUUCAGCAUGUUAGUAAGAAAUCCGAAAGUGUUAGAAUUCGAUAACAAAAAGAACUAUUUUGAUCGGCAAUUGCAUGAAGGUGUGACUUCAAAUGAAAAGUUGUCAAUUAGCAUUCGUCGUGAUCAGGUUUUCCUUGAUUCAUAUCGUGGACUCUUUUUCAAGUCUGUUGAUACCUUCAGGAAUGCUGUCUUGGAGAUAAACUUUAAGGGAGAAGCUGGCGUUGAUGCUGGUGGAGUUACAAGAGAGUGGUAUCAAGUUUUAUCCCGUCAAAUGUUCAAUCCAGAUUAUGCCUUGUUCACAGCGGUUGCUAGUGAUGAAACAACAUUCCAUCCUAACCGGACAUCCUAUAUUAAUCCAGAGCAUUUAUCCUUCUUCAAAUUCAUUGGUCGCAUAAUAGGAAAAGCUAUCUUCGACAAUUGCUUUUUAGAUUGUCAUUUUAGCAGAGCUGUUUACAAAAAGAUCUUGGACAGACCUGUUUCUCUCAAGGAUAUGGAGAACCUUGACUUGGAAUAUUUCAAAUCCUUAAUGUGGAUGUUGGAGAAUGAUAUUACAGACAUCAUCACUGAAGAUUUCUCUGUUGAAACGGAUGAUUAUGGCGAACACAAAAUUAUUGAUCUUAUUCCCAACGGUCGGAACAUACCUGUGACAGAAGAAAACAAACAAGAGUACGUGAGACUAGUCGUGGAAUAUAGACUCCAAACAUCUGUUGCGGAACAAAUGAACAAUUUCAUUACAGGAUUCCACGAAAUCAUUCCUCGGGACCUUGUCGCUAUUUUUGACGAGCAAGAGCUCGAGUUGUUGAUUAGUGGAUUGCCAGAUAUUGAUGUACAAGAUUGGCAAAACAAUACUACCUAUGUCAAUUAUUCACCAUCAUCAGAGCAAAUUCAAUGGUUCUGGAGGUCUGUUAAGUCUUUCGAUAACGAAGAACGGGCCAAAUUAUUACAAUUUGCCACUGGUACUUCGAAGGUACCACUAAAUGGGUUCAAGGAGUUGCGUGGUGCCAAUGGAGGAUGCAAGUUCAGCAUUCAUCGUGAUUACGGAUCCACUGACAGGUUACCGUCAUCUCACACAUGCUUCAAUCAAAUAGAUCUUCCGGCGUACGAAACAUACGAAACGUUGAGAGGUUCUCUUUUGUUGGCCAUCACUGAGGGACACGAAGGUUUUGGUUUGGCUUAG